CUGCCAUCUGCCAUCUCUUACCCUUUCCCCCCUCCCUCUCGUCUCAUAAUUCAGCAUUCCAAAGGUCGGACACAGACCUUGGAAGAAUCAAGAGAAUAAUUACCUCAUUAACUAGAGACCAAGAGGGUUUAUCUCACAUUAUCUUCCCGUCCUAUCACGCGACGACGUGCCCUCCCCUCCCGCUGCUACCUCAGCAGCUAGCUCCAAGUGCUAUAUGCAGAGCCACCCGUCCUUUCUGUCAUCGCCAAUCGACUUCCAUUCGCAUCCUGCAUCUCCUUGCUGGACCAGUCGCAUCCUCGGAUCGCUUACAUCACCGCGAAAGCUCUCCGUCCGAAGGAGCGGAGAUAGAGAGAACAACAAGGGGGAAACUAAAGCUACCUUCCUUCUUAUCUUGAUCGGCUGCCGUCCCUCACGCCUACCUUCGCUUUGAAACUGUCGCUUGCGGGGCCUUCUGGCCUCCCAUCACCGAAGGUAUGACUGCGAUCGCGAACGCGUGUCUGUCCUGUCUAUCGGCAGUCGACCGCUGGUGUCAUAUCACGGCCUGUCUCGGUCCUAUCGGAGGUCGCUCGCGAGAUGGAAUCUAUGAGACAACGCUAGCAGACAAUGAACGGGAGGCCGUAUCCGACCUGCUCGGUUACUUGGAGAACCGAGCCGAAACCGACUUCUUCUCCGGCGAGCCUCUUCGCGCCCUAAGCACCUUGGUUUAUUCUGAUAAUGUGGACCUUCAACGAAGUGCUAGCCUGACUUUCGCCGAGAUAACUGAGCGAGAUGUGCGCGAAGUCGACCGGGACACGCUCGAGCCUAUCCUCUUCCUGCUACAGAGCUCGGACAUUGAAGUUCAAAGGGCUGCUAGCGCAGCUCUCGGAAACCUUGCCGUCAACGCCGAGAACAAGGUGCUCAUUGUUGCCCUGGGAGGGCUGGCUCCUCUCAUACGUCAGAUGAUGUCGCCCAACGUCGAGGUCCAAUGCAAUGCGGUUGGUUGUAUCACCAAUCUAGCGACUCAUGAGGACAACAAGGCCAAGAUUGCUCGGUCGGGAGCUCUAGGUCCAUUGAUCCGUCUAGCGAAAUCCAAGGACAUGCGUGUACAGCGUAAUGCCACUGGAGCGCUUUUGAAUAUGACGCAUUCUGAUGACAACCGACAGCAACUCGUCAAUGCCGGUGCAAUCCCUGUGCUUGUUCAAUUGCUCUCCUCUCCUGACGUCGAUGUACAAUACUACUGCACAACUGCCCUCAGCAAUAUCGCUGUCGAUGCCUCGAAUCGCAAGCGGCUCGCCCAGACGGAGUCACGGUUGGUUCAGUCUCUUGUCCACCUCAUGGACUCUUCCACUCCCAAAGUUCAGUGCCAAGCCGCCCUUGCACUUCGAAACCUCGCUUCCGACGAGAAAUAUCAGCUGGAGAUUGUUCGUGCAAAGGGCCUUCCGCCACUCCUGCGCCUGUUGCAGUCCUCAUACCUUCCCCUCAUUCUCUCUGCUGUUGCAUGCAUCCGCAAUAUCUCCAUUCAUCCUCUCAACGAGUCGCCUAUCAUCGACGCAGGCUUCCUUAAGCCGUUAGUAGACCUUCUGGGUUCAACAGACAACGAAGAGAUACAAUGCCACGCCAUCUCUACACUUCGUAACCUUGCCGCAAGCUCUGAUCGCAACAAGGAGCUUGUUCUGCAGGCCGGUGCCGUACAGAAAUGCAAAGAUCUCGUCCUUCGAGUGCCUCUGAGUGUGCAAUCUGAAAUGACCGCUGCAAUCGCUGUGCUGGCUCUCAGCGAUGAAUUGAAACCUCAUCUGCUCAACCUAGGUGUCUUCGAUGUGCUGAUCCCCCUUACAAACUCCGAAAGUAUCGAGGUCCAGGGCAACAGUGCUGCUGCCUUGGGCAACCUCUCCUCAAAAGUUGGCGAUUACUCGAUCUUCGUUCGUGACUGGGCUGACCCCAACGGCGGCAUUCACGGUUAUCUCAAAAGGUUCCUUGCAAGCGGCGACCCUACCUUCCAGCACAUUGCCAUCUGGACUCUCCUUCAAUUGCUGGAAUCGGAGGACAAGCGGCUCACCGGCUACAUAUCCAAAUCCGAAGAUAUUGUACAGAUGGUGAAAACGAUCUCGGACAAGAACAUCGAAUCAGACGAAGAGGAUGGGGAGGAUGGUGAGGCCGAGGUCAUUGCGCUGGGACGGCGAUGUCUCGGUUUACUCGGAAACGGUCCAAAACAGACUCUUGUCGAAGGCUAAUGCGAUGCUAUCCCAUAAUUGUCACCAUCUAUACGCUUCAUUCCUUCUCGUUCAUAUCUUGACGUUUCUUCUCACCACUCUCAACACAUCGGACCUUUACUUACCACAGGGUGCUAAGCGGGCAUUGAUUCGGUGUCUUUUCUUACGCUUAUUUCCUUCGUCAGCGAGCAUUUGGUGCGUUUAUGGAUUCCCGCUAGAGUUCUCAUCCAUAAUUGUCUGUUCGUCUAUAGUUUUUUUUUUUUCAGGACUGUCACGCUUAUUUUACCCUGCUU